AUGAAGAUCAUUCUAAGCAACCAGACCGUCAACAUCCCAGAAAAUGUUGACAUCUCUCUUAAGGGUCAGAUGGUUAUUAAGAAGGGACCCAGAGGAAACCUCCAUAGGGAUUUCAACCAUAUCAAUGUUGAGCUCAGUCUCCUUGGAAGGAAGGAAAAAAAAAGCCUCCAGGUAGACAAGUGGUGGGGAAAUGGAAAAGAACUUGCAACCAUGUGCACAAUCUGUAGUCCCAUACAAAAUAUGAUCAGAGGCAUUAGCCUGGGUUUUCAUUACAAGAUGAGGUCUGUAUAUGCUCACUUCCCCAUCAAUUUUGUUAUUCAAGAAAAUGGCUCACUUGUUGAAAUCAGAAAUUUCUUGGGUGAAAAAUAUAUCCAAAGAGUGUGCAUGAGACCAGGUGCUGUUUGUGCUGUUUCUCAAGCCCAAAAAGAUGAGUUAAUUCUUGAAGGAAAUGAUAAUGAACUUGUUUCAAACUCAGCUGCCUUGAUCCAACAGGCCACUACAGUCAAAAACAAGGAUAUCAGAAAAUGUUUGGAUGGCAACUGUGUUUCUGAGAAAGGCACAGUGCAACAAGCAGAUGAAUAA